UUCAACCCAUCAGCCUGACAUAUCGUAGUUUCUUUCACCUUCCGGUCGCGUUACGUUUGAGUUUUCUCUUUUUAAAUAGGAAUCUCAAAUUUGAACAUGACACUACCAUUGUACCUCUAAAGAAGAUGUUAUUAAAAACAAUAAUUUAUCGGUAUGAAGCAUCAACAGAUCACAGUCGAUUUUCUAAGCAUGGUAUUCACUGCUUGUUCGUACCUGGCUCUUGCUGGGGCCGUUUGGGUGUUUUUACGACUGGUCCAGGCAUGUUUUUGGUUACCACGGCAUUUGAAACGACAAAAUCAUAUUGAACUAAUGCUACAAGAUAAGGUUGACAAUUACGAAAAAUACAUAAUGGAAUGCGAAGAAAAAGAGCGAAUUCAACAAGCAAUGCAAGACGAUGUUACUACGACAGAUCUCGCUCAAACGGAGAAAUGGAAAGAACGAAGAGAAUGCCUGGAAAUGUUGAAGAAAGAAUUAAAUGGCGUUUCCGAUGGUAUCGAUGAUCCAAAUAAGUGGGAUUACUUUCUAGAAGAAGAGGAAACAGAAAAGGAAGAAUCUAUUAUUACAGAAAUUCAGGACGACGAGGUUUCUAAUGACAGGCAUGAUAAGAUAAACGCAGACCCGAGUACGAUUAAAGAAAAAGUUCAUUUAGAACCAAAGAAGGAUAAAUAAUAUUAUUUCGUACAAAUCUUUAAUAAUAUUUGUAUUGAUGUUGUAGCAGAUAAUUUAACAAAUGUUUUGUGUGUCUUCUAAUAAUAUUAAUAUAUUGAACUAAAAUUAAACAAAGUACUGGCUAAGAAUUCUACGAUAAUUAUUAAGUUUGCAUUUGUUUAUUGAUAGUUUUAUUCUUUGAUAUAUUAUAUUAUUGUCACAGUAUUUUUUCAACUAAUUUUAUCAGUAACUUUACGACUGUUCAACUGAUCCUAAUUACAAAUAAUUAGUUGUAAAAUAUUAAAUCAAUAGUUAAUGUUAACCAUUUCACCAUCCGUGUAUUUCAUUCUAAUUGUA